AUGGCAUACAUAGUAGACUUGCGAUCAGAUACGGUGACAAAGCCUACGGAGGCUAUGAAGCAUGCCAUGGUUAAUUCAGCAUUAGGCGAUGAUGUUUACGGCGAAGAUCCUACAGUAAAUGCCUUGGAAAGCAAGUUAGCAGCUAUGCUGGGGAAGCAGGCAGCCUUGUUCGUACCUUCUGGCACGAUGGCCAAUCUAAUAGCAAUAAUGGUGCACUGCAACAAGCGAGGAUCAGAGGCAUUCGUCGGAAACCAGUCGCAUAUCUUCAAGUAUGAACAAGGUGGUGCAGCUCACGCAGCAGGCGUCCUCCUGUCGACUUUAACAAACAAACCUGAUGGCACCUUCGACCUGCAGGAGCUGGAGAGUAGAAUCCGAGGCACCGACGUACACGAGCCCAUCACAUCGCUGGUAGCUGUUGAGAACACCCACAAUUGUUGCGGUGGUAAGAAACCUUCGCAAAAGAAGACGAGGGACCACGACCCUCUCACCUCGCUGGUCUCCGUCGAAAACACCCACACUUGCUGUGGUGGUAAGGCGUUACCACUGAAGUUUCUUGACGACCUGUCAGCUAUCUGCAAGCGUCACAAUAUCCCGCUGCACAUGGAUGGCGCUCGGCUGUUCAACGCUUGCGAGUACCUGAAGGAGGACCCCAGUCGAGUCGUAAGGGAUUGUGACAGCGUAUCCGUCUGCUUCAGCAAGGGUCUGUCAGCCCCUGUCGGUUCCGGACUCGUUGGUUCUUAUCAUUUUAUUGAACAAGCGCGUCGCAUGCGGAAAUUGCUUGGCGGUGGGAUGCGACAGGCUGGCGUGUUGGCUGCCGCCGCCAUUGUCGCUUUGGAUGAGGUCGUACCGCAGCUCAAGCUCGACCAUAAGCGGGCGAAUAUCAUGGCUAAAGUGAUCGAGGGUUUGUUCCUGAAGUCUUUCACAGUGGACGUGGAGGGCCAGCACAGCAAUAUAAUCCUCGUGAGGAUCCCGGAGACCAGCUCUCUAACUGCACAGAAGGUGGUGGCGAGGCUUGCACAGGUCUGCCUCGCGGAGACACAGGGUGACUGUAAAACACCAAACGACGAGGGUGUAAUUGUGAAAUCGAUAUACUUCAACAGUAAGACGGUGAGGUUCACCAUACACCGGGAGAUCACCGACGAAGCUCUCUGGCUGGCCAUCAUGAAGAUCACAUACGUGUUCAAGGAGUUAGAUGCAACAGCUUAG